AUGAUGUCGAAAGUAAAGAGAGUAUUUGGUGCUGCCACUUUUAACAAAAAUGGACCUGGAGGAUUUAAAACAAGAGAAGAAGUAUCCGAAGUUCUUGGUUUUCUUAAGGCAGAUGGAAUCGACGAACUAGAUACAGCAAGAAGAUAUGGAGAUGGAACUAGCGAAGAAUUAAUUGGCGAAACACCAGAUUUCGAAGGAUUUACAGUUGCCACGAAAGCAAGUCCGUAUGUGAACAAAUUGACGAAAGAAAAUACAAUUACACAAUGCGAGACAAGUUUAAAAGCAUUGAAACGAUCUUCGGUUGACAUCUUUUAUAUUCAUGUACCAGAUCGUUCGACUCCGUUUGAAGAGACAGCCGAAGCAAUACAUGAACUUUACCAACGCGGAUGUUUUAAAAGAUUCGGCCUAUCAAAUUUUACUGCUGAAGAAGUCCAACGAAUGUACGACAUUUGCAAACAGAACAAUUAUGUCCUUCCAUCAGUGUAUCAAGGAAAUUACAAUUUGAUGACGCGAAAGAAUGAACAAGAAUUAUUUCCAUUAUUGAGAAAAUUAGGAAUGAAAUUUUAUGCGUUUUCACCGCUUGCUGGAGGCUUCUUGAUUAAAACACCAGACCAAAUUAAAAAUGCUCAGGCUAAUUCUCGAUUUGAUGUUUCUACUCGCUAUGGUCAAAUGUAUUCCAAUUUGUAUUGCAAAGACACUCUUUUCUUAGCUUUAGAAAAAUUCCAAAAUAGUUGCAAGGAGUUCAAUAUCAAACCUUCUGAAGCUUGUUUUUCCUGGCUUCGAAAUCAUUCGGCAUUGGAAGAAGGAGAUGCAAUCAUUUUGGGCGCAUCCAACAUACAACAACUUCAAGAUAAUCUGAGCGAUUCCAAAGCAGCUCCAUUGAAUGCGGAUAUGAUUCAAAUAUUGAAUGAUUUGUGGAACAUAGUCAAAGACGAAGCUCCGGCAUAUCAUAUCUAA